UGUAUAACAGCAUAGGCAGAGGAGACGACGAGCGCAGACUGGAGAGAAGAGACGGCAGGGAAGGUUGAAGGUGGUGAUGCGGCGCGAGCUGACAGAGAAGAUCCCAUUAAAACGAAGAAUAUCUACAAAAAGAAUGGCGUCGACACGUUCAGAUGAAAGAACUGAUCUCAACGGUGGGAUUAUGGCAUCAAAUCAAAUGGAUGAAGGAUGAUGCAGUUUGGUUGAAUAUCACGCAUAGUUACCGUUCGUGACCUGCCUAAUGUUGAAGACCGACAAGGAAAAGGAUUUCCAUAAUGAAGUUGGCCUGAGGAUAUUGAAGCAAAUGUCCAAGAAAGAGAAGACUACUCUAACCAAUUCUGGACAGUCAAGUGGAGACUACUGCUUAAUGAGGAAGAUGGCGGCUCAGAUUUUGCUUUUGGAUUUGAAAAGAACGAGACAUUUCAUUUGUGAUUUGCUCUGAUAUUCUGAUUUAUUCGCUAAUGUGCUCAAUUGUAUGUAUUUUACAUGUACCUCAGCUCACUCAUAUUUUGCUACUUUUGUUUUUGUAUUAAUGAAAUUAUGUCUGUAUCUCAAAUUAUCAGUGUGCUAUUUUGCUAUUUUUGUUUUUUUUAAAUAAAAUUUUCGUGAUUGAACAAUUUCGACUUGCUGUUUUUGGAUGGAGAAAGAAAAUGUGGCGUUUCUCAAAAUAUUUACCUUUUAUUUUUGUGCUUGACAUACAAUAUUUGUAUUUUUUAUUUUGACCUUAGUUGGUCUGUUGUGUUGCUUCGUUUCACAACUAGGAAUUGUUGAGGUUUAUUGACAAGCUAGCAUUAGUUGGCUGAUGUAUUAAAAAAAAAGUAAAAGGUUUUAUGGUCUGUCUUUGACUGGCCUUUUAGAUAUUUAAUAUUUUUGGCCAGAUAAACUCGUUCGUUGUACACUAAGCACGUGACAUUCGCAAACUAUUUUCUGCUUAAUGGUGCAUACUCUAUUGCAUUUAAGGAUACAGUCACAUUCUUUAUUUUAAAUAAAACAAUUGCACAUUUGCUCGCAAGUAGCUGCCUGCAAAAGCUUCGGUGCUUUCAACUGUCCUCUUUAAAAUAUCACGUUAACAUAAUAUAAUACAAUUACAUAUACAAAGCAGGUAUAAAAGGUUAAAAUGGUCAAAAUGGUCUGAAAUGGUGUCCAGUGUAGUCCAACACUGCAAAAUGGCUCCUCUUGUCUCAUUUCCUGUCUGUGCAGGAAGUGAAGGCUCACAGAAAUAAUAUUAAUAUCAUAAAGAAAAAGGAUCAAACUGCCCUGGGUGCCUACUAAUCAUUUGCUUCAAUACUUUAACUGUAGUUUAGCCUUAACUUUACCAUUUAAUAUAUCUUUAAAACAACUAGUUUUUAUUUUAAAUAAAAGGGGUGGGACUUUGGUUCAUCACCUGAGCUCUGGGUAAAUGGAGAGAACGUCAAUCAAAGGCUAAAGCUCUCAGAGCUGGGAAGGAGCUUUAGAUGGCGGAUGAACCUUGGGAAGGGGAGAGCGUCGAGCCUCGCAGGGCUCUCUUUAGCACUUGUGUCUCAACUUCGGUGAACUUUGAGUCCCGCUCAGGAAACCAUAGUCCCGCGAAUUCGUUCGUUUUUUUUAGUUUUGGAAUCUAGAAAUGUUAAUGCGUACAUUUUGUGACUUUAUUUCGUCGAAAUAUGCUCUGCUGCGUGCGUAGAGUGGCCAGUCGUUGUUUUCCCUGCCUUGUACAGGCAGCCAUGGCGGUCCUCCAUUUUUAGUGCGCUCUGUUGGGCUCUCUCACACACUCUCUCUCUCUCGCUCUCGCUCUCCAGUGAAAUAGCCAUCCUUGGAUUACUGCUACUAUUUUUCUUUUCGAAUAUUAUUCCGAUUAUUAUUUUUAUCAGAAUCAUGGAGUAUUUUUGAUUUAUUUAUUUUUUUGUUCUAAUGGCCAAAGUAACAAAUCGAAUUUUUUGUCAGAUGUGAAAGUGCUGCUACAGUCCUUCUCCUGUCAGUGGAAUAGGUAUGUUUACAUUGUUUCUUUUUUUAUUUUGUUUCAUCGUGAUGUUUUAAUCGUCCUUUGUCUGAUGACGCAGUAAGAAUUUAUGCAUGUGGCUAUGUGAAUCCAUUGCCUUGAAAUGCCAUCGACAUGCGUUAUUUCACAUCGGAUAUAGUCAAGCAGGUGUCCUUUCAAUUCCGAUGCUUUAUAACAAGAAAUACUGUAAACAUUUAUAUCGUCGGUUUCCAAGUUACUUUUUUCCCAUAUGUCGCAACUGCAGGACUUUUUUUUUUUUUUUUGCUGUCCUUUUUAAGCCGACUGACUCGAUGGUUCAUCCCACUUUAAACUUUUGACAGUUAAUACCUGGAUAAAAGACCAUCAUUAACAAAAACCCAAGACAAAAUCAUGAUGAAGAAUAAGAAUAAAAAGCAGGAAGACGAAGGCUCGACCCAAAGCAAUGCUUCCAGCAACUCAGCAUCAGAGGAAUCCAACCGCUCUGGAUCGGAGUCUGGGAGUCAGUCGGAGAGUGAGCAAGGAAGUGAUAGGGCCCGUUCCCGCCGUUCCGUGUCCAACAGCACCUCUGAUUCUGAGAGUCACUCUGAGUCAGAGAAUGAAUCCACAGGGUCUAAGUCCUGUCAGACCUCAGCACAUGUCAAAGACAAACCAGUCAGGAAGAAAGACAACCUGGCAGAUGUGAAGAAGAUGUGGGAGGAACAUCCAGAUGUUUAUGGUGUUAGAAGAUCCAGUCGCAGCAGACAAGAGCCUGCCCGUCUCAACAUUGGAGCUGAGGGCAGCAGUGAUUCAGAGAGUGAGAGUCCCAAAAGAAAAGGUCCACGGCAGAAAAAGAAAGAAAAUACCUGGAAAGAUGAUGACUCAAAUGACGACGAGGAUGAUGAUGAGGAAGAGGCCAGCAGUUCAGAGAGUGAGCAGGAAGAGAAAAAAGUUAGAUCCAGACGACUUCCUGCUAGAAGACCACAGACCAAAUCCUCUGCAGGCAAGCAGCAGUCACAAAAGGGACGGAAACAGAGGAAGCAGGAGUCCUCUGAUGAAGAAGAUGAGGAUGAUGAUGACGAUGAUGAGGAAGAUACCCCAAAAAGACAAACAAGACGCCGAACAGCUACUAAAGUUAGUUAUAAGGAGGACCAGAAUGAUUUUGAGACAGACUCCGAUGACCUUAUCGAAAUGGCAGAAGGAGCUGAGGAGCAACAGGAUGAUGACAGUGAGACCAUUGAGAGGGUUCUUGAGACCAGGAUUGGCAAGAAAGGAGCCACUGGAGCUUCCACAACCAUCUAUGCUGUUGCUGAGAAUGGGGACCCUGGAGCAGACUUUGACUCUGAGAAAGAUGAAGGGGAAACUCAGUUCCUCAUUAAAUGGAAAGGCUGGUCCUACAUCCACAACACUUGGGAGAGUGUGGAUUCCCUUACUCAGCAGAAAGUCAAAGGGAUGAAGAAGUUGGAAAACUUCAAGAAGAAAAAUGAAGAGCUCAAUGCUUGGAUGAAGAGAGCAUCACCUGAGGAUUUAGAAUAUUACAACUGCCAGCAAGAACUAACCAAUGACUUGAGCAAGCAAUUCCACAUAAUAGAGAGAAUCAUUGCAACAAGAACAGGGAAAUCACAAGUACCUUCAGAUUUUCCCUCCCAAAAAACCACUUCUGGUGAGCCAGAGUAUCUGUGCAAGUGGAUGGGGCUGCCCUAUGCCGAGUGCACCUGGGAGGAUGGAGCAUUAAUUUCAAAUAAAUUAAAGAAAUUUCAGCCCUGCAUUGAUAGUUUCCUGAACAGGAAUGUCUGUAAGACAGUCCCUUCCAAAGACUGUAAGGUGUUGAAACAGAGGCCAAGAUUUGUUCCCUUGAAGAAGCAGCCUUCUCAUAUUGGAGAUGACAACCUUCAACUCAGAGAUUACCAGUUAGAUGGACUGAACUGGCUUGCACAUUCCUGGUGCAGGUGUAACAGUGUUAUUUUGGCUGAUGAAAUGGGCCUGGGGAAAACCAUUCAGACGAUCUCCUUCCUUUCCUACCUUUUCCAUCAGCACCAGCUUUAUGGACCCUUCCUGCUGGUGGUGCCCCUGUCAACCCUCACCUCCUGGCAGAGGGAGUUUGAAACCUGGGCCCCUGACAUGAAUGUAGUGAUCUAUCUGGGAGAUGUCACAAGUAGAAAGACAAUCCGUGACUAUGAAUGGAUCCACCAGCAGACAAAAAGAAUCAAGUUUAAUGCACUUUUGACCACAUAUGAAAUUCUACUGAAAGACAAGGGAGUGUUGGGGAAUAUAAAUUGGGCCUUUCUUGGAGUUGAUGAAGCUCACCGGCUUAAGAAUGAUGACUCGCUGCUGUACAAAACUCUGAUCGACUUUAGAUCCAACCACAGGCUGCUCAUUACUGGGACCCCGUUGCAGAAUUCACUUAAAGAGCUGUGGUCCCUUCUGCACUUUCUUAUGCCUGACAAGUUUGAGUCCUGGGAGGAUUUUGAGGAUGAGCAUGGUAAAGGCCGUGAUAAUGGUUAUCAGAGCCUACACAAAGUUCUGGAGCCUUUCCUGCUGCGCCGUGUCAAGAAAGAUGUGGAGAAAUCCCUGCCUGCUAAAGUGGAGCAAAUCCUUCGAGUCGACAUGUCUGCCCAACAGAAACAGUUCUACAAGUGGAUCCUGACAAGAAACUUCAAAGCCCUGUCCAAAGGCACCAGAGGCAGCUCCUCUGGCUUUCUUAACAUUGUGAUGGAGCUGAAGAAGUGCUGUAACCAUGGUUUCCUCAUUAAACAGCCAGAGGAGGGUGAGAAUGAAAAGCCACAAGAGCACCUACAGGCCCUGGUGCGCGGCAGCGGGAAGUUGGUUCUCCUGGAUAAGCUGCUCACACGACUGAGAGAGAGAGGCAACCGUGUACUCAUCUUUUCCCAGAUGGUCCGCAUGUUGGACAUACUUGCUGAUUACCUGGCUAUGAAACGAUAUCCAUUCCAGCGUUUGGACGGCUCAAUCAAGGGAGAGCUCAGAAAACAAGCACUGGACCACUUUAAUGCCGAAGGCUCUGAGGACUUCUGUUUCCUGCUGUCCACCCGUGCUGGAGGGCUUGGAAUUAACCUGGCCUCUGCCGACACUGUGGUUAUCUUUGACUCUGACUGGAACCCUCAGAAUGAUCUUCAGGCCCAGGCCAGAGCCCACAGGAUUGGCCAGAAAAAGCAAGUGAAUAUCUAUCGUCUGGUCACAAAAGGCACAGUUGAGGAGGACAUUAUUGAAAGGGCCAAAAAGAAGAUGGUUCUAGACCAUCUUGUCAUUCAGAGAAUGGACACCACUGGAAGAACCGUACUGGAUAACAACUCAGGAAAUUCAAAUUCAAACCCUUUCAAUAAGGAAGAACUGACUGCAAUCUUAAAGUUUGGAGCAGAGGAUUUGUUUAAGGAACCUGAGGGGGAGGAAUCAGAACCACAGGAAAUGGACAUUGAUGAGAUCUUGCGGCUUGCUGAAACCAGAGAGAGUGAUCAGGGAUCUAGUGCCACCGAUGAGCUGCUCUCACAGUUCAAGGUGGCUAACUUCACCAUGGAUGAAAGCAUCCCAGAGCUUGAGGAGAAGCCUGUGAGAGACUGGGAGGAUAUCAUUCCAGAGGAACAGUGGCGUAAGAUGGAGGAAGAGCAGAAACAGAAGGAAAUGGAGGACAUUUACAUGCUGCCCAGAAGCAGAAGCUCCAACAAGAGGGCCCAGGCCAAUGACAGCGAUAGUGACGUGGGAUCCAAACUAAAGCACAGAUCCUCAGGCUCUGACAGCGAAACGGACGACACUGAUGAUGACAAACGGCCCAAGCGCAGAGGCCGGCCGAGAGCUCGCAAAAACAACGUGGAGGGAUUUAAUGAUGCAGAGAUCCGCCGGUUCAUAAAGGCAUACAAGAAAUUUGGAGCCCCGCUUGAGAGGUUAGAGGCAAUUGCCCGUGACUCUGAGCUGGUAGAUAAGUCUAUUGCAGACCUGAAGCGACUGGGAGAACUGGUGCACAGCAGCUGUGUGACUGCAGUACAGGAGCAUGAGGAGCACAUGAAGGAGAACCCUGUGGAAGCUAAAGGCCCAGGGAAAAGACGAGGGAUUAACAUAAAGAUCUCUGGAGUACAGGUCAAUGCCAAAUCCAUUAUCCAGCAUGAAGAGGAGUUUGAACCACUACAUAAAGCUGUUCCUUCAAAUCCUGCUGAAAGGAGCAAAUUUCAGCUGACCUGUAGGGUGAAGACUCCCCACUUUGACGUGGACUGGGAUAUUAAUGAUGACACACAGCUGUUACUGGGUAUCUAUGAGCACGGCUAUGGCAACUGGGACCUGAUCAAGACCGAUACAGACCUCAAACUAUCUGAGAAGAUUCUCCCAGAUGACCCUAAUAAGAAACCUCAGGCAAAGCAGUUGCAGAUGAGAGGAGACUACUUGCUCAAGAUGCUGAAGAAAGAACAGGAAAGCCAAGAAGCUGGUAAAGCAGUAGAUGAGCCCAAAGUCAAAAAGAGGAAACCUCGAACGAAGAACAAGACACCUAACAAUGAGCUGGCAAAUGAGAUUUCUUCUUCUCGUCUCUCUGACAACCCUUCAGAAGAGGGAGAAGUGAAGGAUGAUGGAGCUGAAAAAUCUCCCACAAAGAAGAAACAGAAGAAAGAUAACAAAGAGAACAAAGAAAAAAUAGGAACUCCUAAAAAAGAGAAGGAGGGGGACAAAAACAAAAAGCGCUCCAAGUCCAAAAAAGAGAAGGCUAAACCAGGAGGCAAAGGGAAGAAAGCUCAGGGCCCAGUGCACAUCACUGCAGGCAGUGAGCCUAUACCUAUUGGAGAUGAAGAUGAUGAGCUGGACCAGGAAACAUUCAGCAUUUGUAAGGAGAGGAUGAGGCCGGUGAAAAAGGCUCUGAAGCAGUUGGAUAAACCAGACGAGGGUCUGUCAGUGCAGGAACAGCUACAGCACACUCGUACCUGCCUGCUGAAGAUCGGAGACCGCAUCACUGAGUGCCUUAAAUCUUACAAUGACCCUGAGCACGUCAAGACCUGGCGCAGAAACCUCUGGAUUUUUGUGUCCAAAUUUACUGAGUUUGGAGCCCGGAAAUUACAUAAACUAUAUAAGAUGGCUCAAAAGAAGCGCUCGCAGGAGGAAGAGAAAGAGCAAAAGAAGAAGGAUGAUCCUGCCAAGAAGAAGCCCUUCAGACCUGAACCAUCUGGGUCAAGCCGGGAUUCAACAGGCACCCAGCCCUCAACCAAGUCCCACCCUCCCGCCAACCACCCGUCUGGACCUCCCCCUCAUGGCCACCACAGAGAGCAAUACAACCAGCCCAAUAUAAGGCACUUCCCUAAUGAUGAUAGGGGAGAUUGGCAAAGGGACCGUAAGUACAACUACCCAGGCAAUAGCAAUCAACCCUGGCAAGGGGAUCGGCAUCACCCCUAUGACAGUCACAGGUACAAGGACCAUCACUAUGGCGACCGCCGGUCUCAUGGUGAUUACCGCAGCUCAGGAGGAUACCGUAACAGCGGCUCACCUCGCAAACGACCUUAUGACCAGUAUGGUAAUGAUAGAGAUCAUCGGGGCCAUAGAGACUAUUACGACAGACAUCCGGACCCUAAGAGGAGGCGCUCAGAUGAAUACCGCUCCCCAAACUACCAUCAAGGGGGAGGAGGACACCCUCAGGACUUCAGAAGAAUGCCGGAUCAUAGGGGACCCCUUGGAAACCAUGGCCCUCCUGGACCUGAUCACUACCGCCCCUUCCACCCAGACAAACCCCAACCCCUGAUAGACCCCCGUUCCCCUCAGGCCCAGAAAUCCCCCCUUGAGCCAAUCUCACCUGCAGAAAGAACUGCAGAGCAGAAACCUGUGACGGACUUCAAUUGGAACAACAGGAAGACAUGAGAUGAAUAGGUAGUCAGAGCAGAGACAGUUCGUACUGCCAAAGGACAUGGCAGAAAGGCAAUCAAAGGAGGGGUCGUAACCAGCCACUACCAAACUCCUCCUUGGAUACUGGAUACUGUGUCUGCAGUGUCCUCCGUUUUCUUGUGGGUUUCAGCGACCAGGUUAAGUCUGCCAUUUUGGACUGAGGAUAUUGAACAGCAAGGCAUGGUUACUCCUAUGGACGAUGAUGUGACUGAACUUGAUAAAGUGUUGUAGUAUGCCUGAAGUUAGAAAGUGCCUCAUUUAUUUGGUCUUUUGAGAGUCAUUAGCAGAAAGGGACUAUCCCCGAAGCAAAAUUUACUUUGAUGUUCAUGUCUUUUAUUUCGUGUUAUUUUGAUUUGUGCAAAAGAUUAUUUGAAAAUGAAUUAUUUUAAUUGCACCUUCAGAUGUGACUUCAUUGUUCUGUUGAACUAUUUGAAACUCUAACAUGUAGAUUGUGCUCUCCAAAACAUCCAGACCCUCUUUUCCUGUAAUCAUCAUUUUGAGGGAGAGAAUGGUCAAACAAGUAAUUGCAUAGAUGUUUUUGUCUCUGAUCUUCUCAGUUAUGUAAAAGUCACAAAUAUUUGUGGUGAGCAUCAGCUGCAUCAAAAUUACCGUUUUUCUCAAUUUCUUGAAUUAGCUUAAUGUGUCAUUGCUCUUGCAGACCCUGUUUGUUGAUAUUGUAAUGUUCAGACACCCUGUCAUAGGACAGUAGCCUUAUUUAAAAGAAGAAAAAAAGGCUGAACAGUAUUCAGGGUCUAUGUAGACCUUGUCAGAACACUAGAUAAUCAUAACACGUAAGCUAUCCUUGUCUUAUUUUCUUUAUGACUGUAACGCAUGGCACCACUUAAGCCCACUUUAUGGUAAGUGCUUGUAUGAUCGGUACUGUUGCAUCUUUAUAUUGCACUAAAAAAGUCAGUACUCACAACUUGUUUUUGAGUAUGUAGUAAUGGUAGACAUUACCCGAAUUUGAUUUUUAUGUUUUGUUUAGUUCUUUUCCCAGUAUGAGUGUGCUGAAAUGCUGAUACCAUUGACCUUUUAAGUGGAAAUGUGCGUACUGUAUGAUUGAACACAUGCGUGUUCAGGUAGUGGGUGGGUGUAACAAGCUAAUUUUGGUGAACCAGAUUUUGUGCCAAAAAAAAAAAAAAAAAAAAUCACAGACUGGCAUGCUGGUAAACACCAUUCUUUGGUUGUUCAUUUUAUGUGUUUCUCCAUCUGUGCCUUAUUCUUGUGUAGAUUCAAACACCGGUUUGGUAUAAUGUCUAGCUGUCUGAAACAAUGCAGUAUUACGCUGUACAAUUUAAAACAUUUGCCAGGAUGGAGUUUUUACUAGAUGCAAGUUAAGCCAGAUCUGGAGAGUGGGGGAACAAUGUGUUGUGCUGAAUUCCAAAAGUUCAUGGUGGCAGGAAUCAAGAGUAAGUGAGCUGGUGAAAAAUGUGAAAUACUGAAGAUGCUUCUCUUCCCACUCAAGCUCCUGAUCACACUCCACAGACAUGCGUUUAAGAUUUGAAAGAGAGAGAGUGAAAGAGAAAAAAAAAAACCGAUUUAAAAUCAUUUAUAUUUGUGAAAAGCCACUGUUCAGAUUAACUGUACUGUACAUAUGUUUAUACACCUAUAUGUAUUAAACUUUCCUACAUAAUG